AUGCAGACGUUCAACUCAAACGCUGAUUCAUCAGCAGUCUCUGAUACUAUCAGUGCUAUGCAAAACAUUCAGUUGGAUGUAGUCAUGCAUAAGGCCUCAAGCCAAAAAGGUGUCAACUAUCGAAAGAAAGCCAAGGUUGUGCAGUCAAACAAGUCUCACAGCACACUUACAUCGCCUGUUUGGCGCUUGCCCACGGAAAUCCUCGCUCAGAUUUUCCUGUACUGCAUCCCAGAAGACGGAAACUCGAUUCCCGCGCCAGAUCUGGCCCCCAUGCUGUUGACCACAGUAUGUCGACGAUGGCGGGAGGUUGCUGUGGAUAUGCCGGAUUUAUGGCGCAGGCUCCGACUGGAAGUUGGGCACGGUGACUGGCAACAGAGAGCUUUCUGCUAUGACACCUACCUCAAGCGAUCGCGAGGACGUCAACUGUCGUUGACACUCGAGUGUCAUGACAAUAACUGGACGGAGCUACGAAGCCUGCUCCAGCCAUACGUCGAUCAAGUAUCGUCGUUGUCUGUUGGGUUUUUCUCCGGUGCCGGCUCCUUGGCGAUGACGGACUUUCGGGGACUUUCGGAGCUGGUCAUAUACACGGGCGGUUCUGAUACUUUAACAGCUGUCAUGCACUCCAUCGCGCAAUUGCCUCCCAACAUGCGUAGUCUCAAGUUAAUGGACCUGUGGCUUAACCUUAGGGUCUUACCUCACCUCAAUUCUCUCAGAUGGGCCGGUCUCACAAAUCUUGACAUCGUGGUAGACGGACUGGAUUCCUUUGUCCGCUUGCUCCACCUGUGUCCCAACCUCUCGUCUUUGACGAUGAUUGGGAUAUUCACGACUAUCGAGACCUCGGAGACAUUCGUGCACCCCAAACUUCAAUCUUUGCGCAUGUCCGGGCAUUUGCUUUUGGACUCGACCGUAAACCUUGGGCUAUUCAAUACCAUCACGCUCCCCAAUCUACGCACGGUCGAAGUCCGCAAUAUGGGCCAAUGGCCUCACGAAGAGUUCAAGGCGUUUGUGACACGGUCGCAGUGUCCCCUGGAAAGUCUGAUCUUCGGCGGUGGAGUGAGGAAAACGGAUCAACAGUUAGCAGAAUAUGCUACGCUUUUUCCUUCCCUUGAACUAGUGACAGAUCCUACGCGUUCCAGAUUUUACUUUUAA